AGAGGUUGCUGGGAUACAUGUCUAAACAGGAAGUGUUUUAGACACUUCGUGGGUGAUUUUAGUCAUCGAAAGUGUCGGUUUGUGCUACAUCAAAGUCAAACGCGUUCCCUUUACGCUAAUCUAAUGUCAUCGAUACUAAUAAAUAAAUAAAAGAGAAGAGAGUAGGACCAGAGGGAGGCGCUAAUUUUACGCUGUGAGAGCGAACUUUAAAGAAACCGCAUCACAGAUUAAGUAAAAGAGUAGGGACGAGGCGAGGAGAGCAACAAACAAAACCAACGAACAUUUCUGCCUGUAGAUGUCCGGUUAUAAAGAUUUCGUCAUCAAUAAAUCAUGACCACAGUGGAAAAGGAAAUAAAGGUCCCUAAUGUCCUCAGGCCAACAGUGAUGUUAUGGACGGACGUGACAUAUCAUGACAUGGAAAUGAUCGACAACACAAAGUCUAUUCCUGAUCUGGAGAGUAUGUUACAAACUGUUUUGAAAAUCGACUUUGAUGAACCAAAACGAGGAGUUCUGCUGGAGCUCUAUGUGCAAACUGUGCUUUUCUGCCGAGAGAACAACUUCAACAAGGAGCAAACGUCUGCUGUGCUCUCCAUCGUCAAAUCUGUCCACCAGGCUAAUGUAGAGACGCCACUUGACAACAUUGACCAGUGUUUGAAAUACUGCAACGAGCUCCUGCUCUGUCACUCCGUCAGGCGCCCUCCCUUCAGCAUCAACAUCUUCAGCUACCAGGAGGCAGACAACAUUGUACAGUAUGUCAACAGCACUUAUAUGAGACACUACAAGCUGUACAAAUAUAUCUUCACCCCCCAGGUUAAACUUAAUUUGACUUUAUCUUAUGCUCCAGUCCCAGAACCUGAAGUGGUUCCUGUCCCAGAAGAGGUAGAUGCUGUGUCAGAUGAAACAGAAGAGGAGAAAGAGUUUACACUUGGUCAGAAGACAUCAGAACUGAAGACACUGAUCGAGAAAGAAGUCCAAGAACAGAUGACACUCGUUUCUGCCAAGCUGGAUGAGAAGAUGAAAGCUCUUGCGGGUAAUCAAAGCAAGAAAUCAGACUCUCAGCAGUCCAAAAGAGGUCAAAAGGCCAAGAAGAAAUAAGCUCACUCAAACACUGACUGAAAUUUGUUUAAUUAUUAAUAAAAAUAAUAACUU